GGUCUUCCAGAUGCCAGGCACAGCAAGGCAUGACCGAGAGAUGGCAAUCCAGGCCAAAAGAAACCUGUCCAAAACCACCGACCCUGUAGAAAGACUUCGCCUGCAGUGUUUAGCCAGGGGAUCUGCAGGCAUCAAAGGACUUGGCAGAGUAUUUCGGAUUAUGGAUGAUGACAACAGCAGGACCCUUGAUUUCAAAGAGUUUGUGAAAGGAUUAAAUGAUUACGCUAUGAUGAUAGACAAGGAAGAAGCACAGGAGAUUUUCCGGAUAUUUGAUAAAGAUGGCAGUGGAACAAUUGAUUUUGAUGAAUUUCUCAUUACACUGAGGCCUCCCAUGUCAAAUGCAAGAAAAGAGAUCAUCAUGCAGGCAUUUAGGAAGUUAGAUAAGACUGGAGAUGGUGUCAUAACAAUUGAAGACUUACGGGGGGUAUAUAAUGCAAAGCAUCAUCCCAAAUACCAAAAUGGAGACUGGACAGAAGAUCAGGUUUUUAGGGCCUUUCUGGAUAAUUUUGAUUCACCCUAUGACAAAGAUGGGAAGGUCACAACAGAAGAAUUCAUGAACUACUAUGCAGGAGUCAGCGCUUCAAUAGACACAGAUGUCUAUUUUAUCAUCAUGAUGAAGAACGCUUGGAAACUCUGAUUGUAUGCUUAAAGGAGCAAGACUUUACUUCC